AUGUUGGAAUAUACACUUGCAGUUUUGAUUGUGAUUUUGUGUGGAUUUACUUUUGUUAAAAACUUUCUAAUUAAAUCAAACAGUCUAGGUCCCCCGGGACCAAAAGAAUGGCCAAUCAUAGGUUCGGUGCUAGAUGUCGACAUCUCAAAAUUGCACUUAAAACUUUAUGAAUGGACGCAACUGUAUGGCGAUGUAUUUCAAUUUCAAUUGUUUGGCCAAAAAUUUGUCAGCAUAAAUUCGGUAGAAAUUCUGAGAGAUUUGUUUUUAAAAGAACCAAAUGCCACUAUUGCUUCUGACUGUCCUUUGACAUUCACCGGUAAAUAUGCUUACAAUGAUUAUGCAGAUGUUGGAUUUUCAUCACCAAGUGUACUGUGGACAAAGCGAAGGAAACUUGCAUUCCAACUUCUGCAUACCUAUGGAAAGGGAUUAACUUGCUUAGAAGGUCAAAUAUUGAAAAAUCUACAGACAUUUAAGGAUAAUAUUCGGGUUUUAUCUGGGAAGAAUAUUUACCCUGUGGAUUUCGUGGAUGACUUUAUUUUCAGUACUGUUGAAGUUUUGAUAAUUGGUCGUAGUUUUGGAAAAGGGAGUCAGCUGAGAAAUCUUCUCAUAAAACAAAAUGAUUUGCUGAACGAAGUUGCUAACCCAGGCACCGAUUCCAUCUUCGCUCUGUUUCCCUUUCUACGACAUUUUCCUCUGUCUGGAUCAUUGGCCUUGUGGGAACUUAAAAAAUCACAGAGUUGUUUGUUGGAUCUAUUAGAUACGCUGUUGGAAGAAGAAUGUGAAGAAAGAGGAAUAUAUCACACAAUGAAGGAAGUAAUGAAAGAAGAAGACAAGAACGGGAAACCCUGGUUCACGAAAGUAAACCUGGCAGCAUUAUUACUAAAUCUUGUUACAGCCAGUUUCCUGACAACUAGAGGAACACUUCUUUCACUAGUACAUAUACUUGCAAAGAGACCAGAACUUCAGAAAGCCCUACAAAAGGAGGUGGACGAUGUUAUAGGAACCAGACGGGAACCCAGACUGUCUGACAGGGAAAAUUGUCCGACGCUCGAGGCUGUCAUUCUAGAGACUUUGCGAUCCAUUUCCCAUUUACCAGUCUUUGUUUUCCACUCAAGCUCCGAUUCUUUGACAAUUGGUGACUAUCAAAUAGAUAAAAAUACAGUGAUUAUUCCAAAUGGAUGGACAAUGCAUCAUAGCGAAAAAUACUGGGAGGACCCGUUCACUUUUAGACACCAGCGCUUUCUAGACAACGAUGGUCAGCUAUUGGCUGCAACUCAUCCAAUCAGGAAAAGGUUGGUGGCAUUUGGACUAGGCAAAAGAAGUUGCAUAGGAGAAGUAUUUGCAAAAUCCCGUAUCUUUCUUUUCUUGUCUACAUUGAUGCAAACAAUAACGAUAGCUGAACCUGAAGGCAAACCCUUACCAGACCUCGAUCCGAGAGAAAUGAUUCCAGGACUUGUCUUACAAGCACAACCAUUUGAAGUUCGUUUUUUACUUCGAAAGACUGAAAAAUGA